AUGGACGAAACGUAUUGCGACUCUUUCUAUAAUUCCUACUCCAAAAUCGCACUUGAUCGGACAGAUAAAAUUGGAUAUUUGCCCGUGGAAGUCAUGAUGGGCCAAGACAACGGGAGCAGGAGCAGCAGCGUGAGCAAAAGCAUGUCCGUAUCCAUGUCCAUGUACAGCAGCAGGGAGAACAGUCUUGGUGACAAUUGGAGCGACAUGUACUUGUGGUGCUACUGCGGGUGCAGAGUGAACAACGUGAGCGUGGGCGUGAUGGUCAACAUGAGAAAAAACAUGGGGUGCGUGAAUUGGCCCGAGUCCGUGAUCGAUGUGAAUACCGGUCAAUCCUCCGGGUGCUGCGGCAGCUACGGCCAAAACACCGGCAACAACAAUCUAAAAGAUAACCACUCACCUGUCCAAGGAAACAGCGACGAGGCUGUAGACGGAGGCAGCAACCGAUACUCCUUGGAUAUAGGAUACAGUCUUGCACAUAAAUCGUCCCAGUACCCACGCUGA